UAUACCUAAGCUAUAUUUUUUGUAGAAAUACAUUUGUAAUUAAAAAAGUUUGUCUAAAUUUAUUUAAUGUAACCAGAUGAUUUCUAACUGAGCCAAGAGAUCGGACACCGGAUGUAUUCAAUACAAUUUCCAGAACACAAAUUUCCCUUCAAUGGCUUAUUCAGUUGGCUUGCCCGCUCAAUUAAUUAAGAAGAAUUACCUGAUCAUCGAGAAUCCUACAAAUGGAAGGAGCACAUGCACCGAAACCAUCGAUGCACAUAUCGACAACAACGUGAUUUCCUUUGAUCAGAAGAGGGGAUCCAAGCUUCACAGAAGUUCAUCGUUCUCAGUUUUUGGAUCGACUUUUGUUGGCUUGACCCUUGUCCCCGAAAGGAGAAGGAGGGUUUCUGGCGGGAAUGGAAAGUACCAUCAGCAGUCAAAUUUACUACGCAACCCACUGGUUGUGAGGAGUGGCGAGAUUCCAGAUCAGGACGAGUGCGCUCCCAGCUGCCCAUAUCGCAAUUAUCAGAAUCAGAACAAUCAACAGCAGGAUACCAAUCAAUAUAAUAGCCAGGAUUACCAGCGAACUGGAACCGCACCAUGCCAGACGGGUUAUUAUGACAAUAGCCCACCCCAGCAAUAUUAUGCACCACAAGGGUAUCAAGGUUAUGUGCCGCAGGGCAGGACUCAAGCUCAUUCCAAGGAUCGCAGUGCAAGUGAUUGUGGUUGCGAUCCAUCGCCAGGCAAACGGGCUUACCGAACACCCUCCUCGCACUACAUGGAAUACAGGGAGUUCCAGCACAGUCCCAAGAAGAAUCCUGCCCUAGACAGACCGCAAUAUGAAGAAUAUCCAGCAGAAUCCCACAGGAGUAAUCGGUUGGAGAGAAAGGCGUCCGAAUGCAGCUGUGAUUCGGAUUCCUUGCCAGGAAGACAGCCAGUUCAGAGAACUAACCGAUUGCAGAGAAAGACUUCGAUAUGCUGCUGUGAGUCGGAUUCUCCGCCAGGAAGGCAGCUAGUUCAGAGGACCAAUCGGUUGGAGCGAAAGGAAUCAGAAUGUUGCUGCUUGCCUGAAUCCUCGCCAGGAAAGCGAGUUCAGAGGAAAAAUCAGACAGAUAAAAAUUAUUACCAGAGAAAACCUACUCCCUCAGCUCAAACUUGCCCUAUUCGCUGCCAUGCUCGGUCCCACAUUCAGGCAACUCCUCCUCCACCUGCACCAAAGCGAAAGUGUCUUGCUGCUACGUCACCACCACCCACUUGCAGAAAACCCGCGCCCAGAUCAAGGUCAAUGAAUUCCACAAAAAGAGGCAGCAAGAGGAGAUGCAGUGCCUGCGAUGAAAGGGACUCCUAUCGAUAUUCCGAUGGAGAACCCACCGAUUACGUAGAGCGAAGUCAUUCUGCGACAGAGGUCCUUAGAAAUCCUUUGGUUCAAUCUCGUUCGAGCUGCGAUGGUUUGCCACAGGCAAGUUACAGUCCAGAGUGUGUCCAGCAAAAACCACGAAGCUGCAGAAAACCCAAAGCGGAAAAGCGUAGUAGCUCUCGAAGAGGACCUCCAAUCUGCUCCAACGAAACCCUGAUGGAGAAGCCAGUAAAGAGCUACCGUUUCAAUUGCCCAGAGAAUGGGAGAUGUGCGUCCUGUCGAAAACUCUGCCCGAAGUGCAACAAGAUAAAGGCCCAAAGUAAGAAAAGUGCAUUGGUCAAGAGAUGUGUCACAUCGGUGGCACAGAAAUGCUGCCCCACGUGCGGACUACUACCCAUGAUGCCUAACAUUUCUAUACCGGAUGUUACCAGCAGCAACCGCAUCAUCUACAAGACGCUGGGCCGAUGUCGACCUAGGAAGGUACCCAAAACUAGAUACGAGCUGACCAUUUGCUGCAAGAAGCGUUGUCAGGGCGGCAGGAACUCUCACUACAUGACGGGCACUAUUGCUACGAGUCUGAAAAGAAGAGCUAAGGCAGUGAUUCCUGGAGGCACUCAGGUGGCGCCAUCAAGAAGCUACAGACAGGGUCAAAAUGUUACCAGUCCAAUCCAUACAAGGAGCCAGAGCAGAGCAGGUCAUUCAUAUGUGAGCCAGGAGCGUUCUAGUCAACCUGGUCAGCACCGAGAAAGAUCAGCUGCUCCACAGCAUUUCCAAAUGCGUUCUCCUCCUGAAAACUUGGUGCAAAAGUCGGAAAGAAGGCAGAGCGAAAGGGAAUCAAAUCCCGCAUCCCUUUCUCAGCAAAGGACUAGAGCUUUAUCGCCAAUAGUAAAUGUUCCUGGUUCUUCACGUCAUCAUGACUCUCAAAGAGGUUCUCUCCAAUCUAGGGAACACUCGCCACAAGCACAUUCUUAUAGAUCACAACCAGAACCAGCACAUUCCCAUAGAUCUCAACCUGAUCCACAUUCUUAUAGAUCUAAGCCUGAACUACCCUCAUCUUCCUAUAGAUCUCAAUCUGGUCCAGCUAUCUCCAAUAGGACUGAUCCAGAUCCCCCACGUAUAUCACCGGCUUAUUUAGAACCUGCGUUACUCGAUCCGCAGUCCAAUCGAAAGGCAGCUUCCUACUUGGGCACCGAUGUGAAUCCCUUCUACAGAGGUAGUUUCCUGAAAGUGCGUUGCUCACGGGAAUCGCCUCAGACUCGCCUGAAUCCCAUUCACCAAAGAGGCGAGAAAACCAAUGAGCAGCCUAAACCGCCUAGAACUCCGGGUAUCGUCUUACCCGUAAAGUACAAUAGAUUAAGCCAAUUGCAUGCUUGGGUAUUUGGAGAUCCCUUUGUGACUGGACAUGACAGCCUGGGAACCUGGAGCUGGCGACAGAUUUUCGGGCGCAGCAAGAAGCGGAGUAAGUCCGCCAAGCCAUUGGAGUCAAAAAAAUAGGCCACGAGUCUCAU